AUGUAUUUGGCUAAGGUGUAUGUAAACUUUCGACUUCAACUGUAUAUAAUAACUCACACUUACACCACUCUGCAUGCUCCUACACACUUCAUACCCCUAGAGUCGUGCCCCUGUCCCCAGCACAAGGAUAAAUGUUUGUUUGUCUGCUACUUUGUUAUAAUGUUGUUUUUGUGUUGCUGUUUGGUUGGCAACCAGAUGAUACUGAAAUAUUGUGGAUAUCUACCUGUACAUGAUCUAUCUACCCAUCUCUCUAGGUCUAGGAUCUCUCAAUCUACCCGUCUCUCUAGGUCUAGGAUCUCUCUAUCUACCUGUCUCUCUAAGUCUAGGAUAUCUCUAUCUACCUGUCUCUCUAGGUCUAGGAUAUCUCUAUCUACCUGUCUCUCUAGGUCUAGGAUAUUUCUAUCUACCUGUCUCUCUAAGUCCAGGAUAUCUCUAUCUACCUGUCUCUCUAGGUCUAGGAUAUCUCUAUCUACCUGUCUCUCUAGGUCUAGGAUCUCUCUAUCUACCUGUCUCUCUAAGUCUAGGAUAUCUCUAUCUACCUGUCUCUCUAGGUCUAGGAUAUCUCUAUCUACCGGUCUCUCUAGGUCUAGGAUAUCUCUAGGUCUAGGAUAUUUCUAUCUACCUGUUUCUCUAGGUCUAGGAUCUCUCUAUCUACCUGUCUCUCUAGGUCUAGGAUCUCUCUAUCUACCUGUCUCUCUAGGUCUAGGAUCUCUCUAUCUACCUGUCUCUCUAGGUCUAGGAUCUCUCUAUCUACCUGUCUCUCUAGGUCUAGGAUCUCUCUAUCUACCUGUCUCUCUAGGUCUAGGAUCUCUCUAUCUACCUGUCUCUCUAGGUCUAGGAUCUCUCUAUCUACCUGUCUCUCUAGGUCUAGGAUCUCUCUAUCUACCUGUCUCUCUAGGUCUAGGAUAUCUCUAUCUACCGGUCUCUCUAGGUCUAGGAUAUCUCUAGGUCUAGGAUAUUUCUAUCUACCUGUCUCUCUAGGUCUAGGAUCUCUCUAUCUACCUGUCUCUCUAGGUCUAGGAUAUACAGUGCAUUCGGAAAGUAGUCAGACCCCUUCCUUUUCCCCCCACAUUUUGUUCAUUUACAGCCUUAUUCUAAAAUGGAUUAAAUUAAUUUUAUUUGCCAUCAAUCUAUACACACUACCUCAUAAUCACGAAGCGAAAAUUGGUCAUUUUGACAGACAAAAUGAGGG